CCGGCGCGGUGCAAUCGAUUUCAAAUCCGGCGCACGCCCUGCGCCUCGCCUGCGUCGCCUGUUGUACCUUCUCCUUAUCCUUCUUCCUCGGCGUUUCUAGUCAGUGCUAUCGCUGCGGCGGAGCCGGCCGUCCAUGGGGUUCGGGAGUUCAUCUGAACCAGCACCGCCGAGUGGUGACCGUCAGUUCGACAGCAAGAAACUGUGGUGGUUUCUCGUGGCGACGUGUACGAUGUGCAGGGUGUGAAGAGGCUGCGCUGCGUCACGCCCAGAGUACGAGGCGCGCCUGACGACGAAGAUAAAAUUAUCGUUAAACACGGAAAAGAGCGGAGUGACGUAAAGUGGAUUCACAAUUGCAGGAACAUCUAUGGGCCGUAAACGGUGGUGGGUUGGAAGCUUGAGGCUGUUGGUGCUUUGUAUCCUGCAUCACGGCGUUCUGGCUGAUGGCGACGUCGGAUGCCUCUUCAGCAGGAGCAUAUGUGAUCCUCAAACGGAAACGUGCUUCGACGAUUUGGCAUUCGGAAGAUGCGUAUCCCUAUUCGCGAAUUUAGAAAACGAAGAUUUAUACCAAUAUAAUCUUGGUGCCGGCGAAUUGGAAUUACUGGGACUGCAACUGGAAGGACUGGAAUCUAAUGGCUACGAAUGGACGCAUCCUUUUACACAGUGUAUCAUACAAACCUCGUUAUACAAUCUCCGACAAGGGCGAGGUGAUUUCCAUAAUCUUCAUCUCUGCGAAUACUUGAAGAAAACGCGCUUCGACGAACAAGAUGACCAACUAAUGGGCAAAGUGAUUCCUACGGUCGCCAUACUGAGAAUAUCUGCGGACAAUGAGAACCCCGAGAAUAAUUUGGUCGACCCUUUACAUCGCUCCGCGGAUGUUGAGGACAAGUAUGAGAUCUUGCCGGUUUUCUACGACGGCGAACAAUCGCCACCGUAUAGCCGGGAGUCCGCUGGACGUGUCUACGGGUCUGAGUACAUGAACUGGCCUGUUAGCGACAGAAACGGUCCGACAGUCAACGACGAGAAACAUGACGAAUUGUAUGAAAAGUUGCGCGACGGACACUCGACGUUGGACAACGUGGACGAGCAAUUGUAUCCGCCUAGGGCGCGUCGAUACACCUUUAUCGACUACAGAAACGGUGACGAUAUCGACCCGCUUGAGGAUGCCUUGAGAGACGAGAAGUUGUCUGACAACGACGAGAAUCCUUACGGGCAGCUUUUGCCCGUCGAUGAGCUGGAGUUCUUACCGAACGAAAAGUCACCGGAUUAUACAUUACUGAAUCCCCCUUCUAGCGACGAAAGUGAUGAAAGAGAAAAUGAAAAGGCUUUCUCCAGGAAGUACAAGCAUCUUAGGAAACUGCCGUCUCUUGAAUUUCUCGACGGCGCUGACCCGACAGAUCUGGAUAACGUGAAAAGGACGAUAAUCAGACGCGAUGAGAAUCUUGAAUAUAUGGGCGACGAAGAAAACUCUGCGGAAAUCGAGAGAUUGCCUGACGAUGACGACGACGACGCCGCUCCCUUGGAAGUAAGCGGCAUGUACACUGAGGGUGGAGUUGUACGACCUUCGAAACAUGAGACUAAAUCAGAUGGAAUUUCGUACGACGAAACGAUUGACGACGACUUGAACGAGCUUUUGUGGAGACGAGAGCUGGCCGGUUUCAAACGCAGAGAACGCCUCGACGUUAAGAAACCUGGGCCUCCAUUCUCUACGAAUAAUUACGCGUUUAAAACUCAAUCUCCGCCCACUCCCGCCGACGAGGAAGAUUACUCCGAGACAGAUAAUCAGGACAAUAACGAGGUGUACGCGCCGUUAACGAAAAAGGAACUACGUGGUAAUAUGUACAAAAUGAAUGACGAGCCUCCAAUGACAUACAAAAACGUCGACCUAGAUUAUGUUUACAUCGUAUUCGAACAAGAAUUUCACAAGUGGAUUGACGGAGAACACGUGGUUACUAAGGUUGAAGAACUCUUAGAAUUACCUCCUGGAACUCUGAGGGAUAUACGAGUAGGUCGAGCGGAAGUGACGUUCAAAGUCGUUCAGAAUGAUAAAAACUAUAAUGCUACAGACGUUGUAAACAACAUCGGUAACAUACGUGGCAAAUUGAAGGAUGCAUUGGGAGUCGAAGUCGUUCGAGCGGGUAUAGGCGACAAGGCUAAGUUACCAGCCACUCUGGAGGUAGCCAAACAGAGCGAGAUGAGUUCCAGCUUGUUCGGGGCACUGGUGGCUGCUGGGGUCGCGGCUGCGAUUGCAGCGGCGGCGGUUACACUGAUAAUCGCGCGACGUCAUGCCAAGUAUCGAGCAAAACUAGCUGGGCUAGCCACCCCGGAUCCGGAAGCAUCGAAGGAUUAUCAAGAUCUGUGUCGAGCAAGAAUGCAGGCAAAGCAACCGAACGAGAAGGCAGAGUCGUCGCGCAUUACCAGCUUGUCGCGUGAAAACGAAUCCAACAAUUUGCCCUCAAAUCGGUCCAGCACAUCCUCCUGGGGCGAGGAACCUACUCUCUCCAAUAUGGACAUAUCGACUGGCCACAUGGUUCUCAGUUAUAUGGAGGAUCACCUGAAGAAUAAGGAUCGCUUAGAUCAGGAAUGGGCAGCUUUGUGCGCUUACGAGGCCGACCCCUCGUCCACGGAGAUCGCAGAGAGAGAAAUGAACAUUAAACAAAAUCGUUCUGGCGCGGCACUUCCUUACGAUCACUCCAGAGUAGUCCUAAACGAUCUCGUAAACGCCAACAAUUCCGACUACAUAAACGCUUCCACAAUCAAGUCGACUGAUCACGACCCACGGAAUCCGGCUUAUAUAGCCACACAGGGACCGUUACCGCAGACCACGGCUGACUUUUGGCAAUUAGUUUGGGAACAAGGCAGUGUGGUGAUCGUGAUGCUGACGCGGCUGACUGAGGAGGGUCGCGCCAUGUGCCAUCGUUACUGGCCCGAGGAAGGAUCCGAGCUCUAUCAUAUCUACGAGGUGCACCUCGUGUCCGAACAUUUCUGGUGUGACGAUUACCUGGUACGCUCCUUCUAUCUGAAGAACCUGUGCACCUGCGAGACCCGCACUGUCACGCAGUUCCACUUCCUGUCCUGGCCGGAGAACAACGUCCCAUAUUCUACGAAAGCUCUGCUCGAAUUCCGCAGGAAAGUUAACAAAUCCUACCGUGGGAGAUCGUGUCCGAUAGUCGUGCAUUGCAGCGAUGGAGUUGGACGAACUGGUACUUAUUGUUUGAUCGACAUGGUCCUAAAUCGCAUGACGAAAGGAGCGAAGGAAAUUGACAUCGCCGCCACCCUCGAGCACAUCAGGGAUCAGAGGCCUGACAUGGUCGCGACAAAGCAGCAGUUCGAGUUCGUUUUGAUGGCGGUAGCAGAGGAGGUGCAUGCGAUUCUGAAAGCUUUGCCCGUAGCUUCGAGCGAGAAAUCUAAUGCGGCUGCGGGGAACAAUUCUUCGCCGCUCGCGAAGUCGGACCAGUGAAACUAACAAGACGCGAAUUCAACCCUAAACAGUAUAAAGAAGGCUAGACAAAAUUCCUUUCUUCUUUAAAAGACUAGAUUCAAAAUGCCCUCAUUAAUUCUAAUCGUUUUAUCAAGAAUUUGAUUUUAUUCUGUUAUUUGCGAAAUUGAAUUUAAUUUUCGUGUGUACAACUUUGAACUUUCGAACGUAUGAUUUCAUGGUAUGCGCGAUCUUAUGUGUGUUGUCGCAAUUUUUAGAUAAUCUGAUAAACUUCUCAGUUAUGCCGAUCAGCUAUUUUGUACUCUUCAGGGUUAAAGUCGCGAUCGACGCAGACGAAGAGGAUGAGACGUGUAGCUGUUCCAUUAAUUUCAAUGUGUCACGGGAAAGCCGAAUAUUUUUAGCUGUUUACUGCGAUGUACUACUCAUUAGAAGGUAAAGCUAAUUGGUUUUCUGUUGGAAUUUUCUACACGCUUGGUACUUCCCGAUGCAUACAUACACACACACAUACACAUACACGUAACACAACACAUACAUUUCGCCCUUCAUUAAUUAGAGUGCACUGACCGGAGUUGCGAGCUUCUUUCGUAUUCCAGCUGUUCCUCUUCGCGCAAAGAGAAUGACGAUCGAUCGAUUUACUCCUAGCACGAGAAAUAUAAUAUAAUCCACAAAUUAUGGUUUGAGUAUGAUCAGUAAAGAGGGGAUAAAAGAGGAGAAAAAAGAAAAGAAGCGAACGCUCGAGCGACAUAUAUUAUGAAAGCUUGAAGUAAAUGUGGUAUAUGAUUUUUCGUUUAUCGCUACUUGUACAAGAUGGUACCGUUUUUAUUACAUCGAUUAAAUCGUACGUCCCUUUCUGCUCAUUCAGACGCGGCCUAUUUUAAGGGUCAAGUACCUGUAGAGAAUGGACAGACGACAGGCAGGCGAGCAGGCAGGCACGGUUGCUACCCUACAUUAGCGUAAUAUGCAUACAUCAACGAUUGAGCUAUACAGUGACCGUACUGUGCGGUCGAUUGGUGAUACGGCGAAAUAUUUUAUACCAGUGAACUCGCGUCUCUAUUUAACAGCGCAUUUAUCAGCGUUAAACUUAGCCGUUUGAAUCGAAUUCUACAUUCGUUUCACGCGAGGAUUAAUGCAAUCGUGUCUGGCACAAUCGUGUACGCGUACGAUUGUAACGUUCAAUAUGCAAUACGUAUAGGCCAGGAUUUUCAUUGUCCAUCGCGGACAUAGUAUCGUCUUUCAUAUUGUCUUUCGUACAUGGACGAAAGCGCGUCUAUGAAAUAUCUAUGAAAACCGUUUAUCGGAUUUUAAUAUUUUACCAGAGAAGUAUACGUAUCACUGGCUGCACAGCUCAGUCUAGUUACCUGAUUUGUUUGCACAUUAUUUGCGUAUGCGUAUGCACAAUUUGUGUGUAUAUACACACACAGCGAUUGAAUUGCAUUAACUUUCCUACGUGCCCUUCGACUAACGUGCUUUAAGAUAGCUUUAAAGGAAUGAACGAGACCUUUUUCGAUUUACUCCACUAAAUAAUAAUUAACGUGACAAAAACCAAUCAGCUAAGUCAAUUGCAUAAUACCAAAUACGUAUGUAACAAAGUGAGCACGGGUCACUUCAGCGAAGUCCUUUACAGCGCGUCGAAACGGCCACUUUGUUACAGUCUUUAUAAAAGAAUGUUUUUGAUGUUCUACGUAUUAUAUAUUUACUUUAUAGAUAAUUUUUGAAUAAUUUACGAUGAUGUCGACUUUUGUUACACUGUAAAAUUAUAUUCCAAUCGUCAGGAACGUGUUUAAAGUGCGCAAAAAAAACGCAGAUUAAUUGGAUAAUUUAUAAAAUUUUGUCGACCAAACGGCGCAUGAAUUUUAUUAAAUAUAAAGAUCUAGAAGCAUUAUUCUGCGUGCACAGUUUGUGUUUUCAAUGAAACUUUGGACGGUGAGUAUUUGAGCUAGAAAAUGAUCUGAUCGAAUAUUAUAUUUUUUAGAGACGUUAUGAGAAAAUCGAUAAUGCGUAUUUGAUGUUCUAAGGAAAAUCACAUGCGCGAUCGUUUCAUUGAGAAAUUAUAUAGCUUGAUGCAUAAUAUUAAGUGGUGUAAAUUAUAUAUACGUAAAAAUGCAGGUUGAGAUACAUAGGCGUGCCGAAGUUAGGAGGAAUUUAUUGCUGCUUGGCGAUUAAACUUGCAUUAUUGCGUAGGCCAAUAACUCGCACUUGCGUACCUCUCCGCGCUUCUAUGGUCCGACUGUAUCAUUUUGUUCCGACAACGCAUUCUAUAUACGUGUCCAUAACGUUUGCUUAUCUCUUACCGAAAGAAAUAUCAACUUUUAGGUUUUUUGAUUCAAAUAUCUUCUUGAAAAACUUGUCUUAAAUCUGAGAUAUCGAGAGAUCAGCGAUAUGAUUAAGAAGGAUCAAAGUUUCGCGAGCCUAUAUAAUCGUUUCGUAACAGCGAAUAUAUAUCAUUUCCGUGAAGAUUUUCUCUCUUUGAGAAGCAGGAAACACUGAUGUACCUUGAAACUGUGUCAAACUUCGCUUGAUCACCAACUGAGUUUGAUUAGCCUUCUUUAGUAGCACCGACUCACAGAACAGAUUCUAUAUUUUUAUGUAAAGGAAUGAGUCUAUAUAUAUAUAUAUAUAUAUAUAUAUACAUAUAUAUAUAUAUAAAUGAAAAAUAAUAUAGUUAUAUAUAAAAUCUAUACUAUGUUACCCAAAAAUAUAAUACUAUACAUGUUGUAAAAUAAUAAAUCGAUCUAUGUUCAAGCCAUGAGAA